AUGACAUCUUCCGACGUCCGCGACGUGCUCAACCUCCCCGAUGGCGCUGCCGGCGGCCCUCGUCCCUCCAAGAAGGCAAAAAUCACCGCCCCGCGCCCCAACCUCAAGGGCCUCGCGCGCGAGGUGCACAAUCUGGGCGGCGACAACCCCAUCGCCAUUGUUCCAGAGGUCACGCAGUUCAAGAAGCGCCGGUUCGUUAGUCGUAAGCCGGCCGCACGAUGGGAGCUGCGACAGUUUGCGAACUCUGGAAGGAAAGAUGAAAGCCUGGUCUUGAGGCACUGGAGGAGGGUCGAAGAAGGGAAGCAGUCUUCUUCAGCGGCAGGAGAUGGCAAUGUGCCGGAGACAGAGGAUGUUGAAGAUUCGUUGUACGCAAAGUACAAUGUUCAAGUUUCAGUGCCUCAGUACAACGAGGACCAGUAUCAUCAAGUCUUGGAGAAUCCCGAUUGGACCAAGGAAGAGACAGAUUACUUGAUGGAGUUGGUGCGAGACUUUGAUAUCAGAUGGCCCCUUAUAUGGGAUCGCUACGAAUGGAGCCCGCCAGCUACGAAUGGUGAGGCCGACGCCGAUGGUGACGAGAGUAAGGCUAUCGUGCCAGCUACACGGUCUCGGUCGAUGGAGGACCUCAAGGCGAGAUAUUACGAAGUGGCAUCCAGAAUGAUGGCCGUCCAGAAACCAGUCCAAUACAUGACACAGCCCGAAUUUGCGCUCCAUGAGUUAAUGGCGCACUUCAACCCCCAACAGGAAAAGCUGCGCAAGGAUUUUGCCCUGAAUUCCUUUGGGAGGUCUCGCGAAGAGGCGCGCGAGGAAGAAUCGCUACUACUGGAGAUUAAGCGAAUUUUGGCUCGAAGUGACAGGUUCAACGAAGAACGGAGGGAGCUGUACAACCGCCUGGACUAUCCCCACGCAGAGCAAGAUAUCAACACUUUCAAGUCAUCGGCUGGCUUACAGACAUUGCUACAAAAUUUGAUGACCGCCGACAAGUCUAAGAAACGAAAGUCUAUUAUGGGUGCUGAAGUGCCCACGCCCUCAGGCCAGCCCACGCCGCAGCAGGCAGCUCCAGAGAACGGAAGACGUGAUAGCGCUGCGGCUUCUUCCGGACCACGGGAGUCGGGUGCGUCAACGGCGGCGUCCUCUGCACACAAGAAGUCACAGUCUCAAUCACAGCAACAAAUCCAACAGCAACAGGCUCAACAACAGCAGCAGCAACAGCAAUCGCAACAACAACAGCUGCAAGAGCGCAAGAAACUUACCGAGCACGAGGAGAUUAUCUACGGUGUCACGCAUCAUGAUCGCCUGGGCUCCGGGCCUACUUUCCGGACAGAGAAGAUCAACAAGCUGUUCUCUCAUAAAUCCAACCAGCAGCAGUUGCGUAUCACCAACACCCUCAACGAGCUGGAUGUUCCUGCCAAGCUGGCUAUGCCUACAGCAGCGACAACGCAUGCCUUUGAACAGCUCUUGGCAUCUGUGAAUAGCCUUCUCGAUGCUCGCAAGAUUACAGACAAGAUUGACGCAGAGAUUAAGCUUGAACUCGCCAAGAAGGCAGAGCGGGAAAAGGCUCUGGGUAAUCAAGACGCUGAAAAGUCUGCAGACGCUGAUGAAGAUGAUGAGGAUGCUAAAGACGAAUCGGCGGAGGCAGAUGAGCCCUCCAAGGACAAUGAUGAAGAUGGGAAAGACAGCGGUGUUACCACGCGCAAGCGAAGCGCUAGUGUGUUGAGCUCUGUGAGCGACAAGAGUCUGAAGAGGCAGAAGAAAUGA